AUGAAGAAAUGUCUCCACAGACGGAGGAAGAGGAGCAGCGUUUGUGAGGAGGAGCAGCUGAACUGCUGCACUUUAUGCCAGAACCUCCUGAUGGAUCCAGUCUCUACCAGCUGUGGACACCGGUUCUGCAGACAGUGCAUCAGGUCCUACAGGGUCCAGUCUGCUCCAUCAGGACCCUCCUCCUGCCCCCAGUGUGGGAAAAGAGCCAGAACCGGAGCUGGACCGUUGACAGCCAAUCAAAGCAGCCGUGCAGCAGCAGAUGUUGGUCUGCAGGAGGUUCUUGAGGAACAUAAGAUCAGUCUGAGGAGGAGAUGUGAACAUGUGGCUGACGGAAGUGAUGAAACAGGAAGUAGAACCCUCCUCAACAGGAUCUACACUGAUCUCUACAUCACAGAGGGGCAGAGUGAAGAGGCUAAUACCCAACAUGAGGUGAAGCAGCUGGAGAGAGCAUCCAAGAUCCAGAACCUCCAUGGUUCUCCAAUCAGGUGCCAUGACAUCUUUAAAGCUGUCCCUGACCAACAUGGAGCCAUCAGAGUGGUUCUGACCAAUGGCGUCGCUGGUGUUGGAAAAACCUUCUCAGUGCAGAAGUUCACUCUGGACUGGGCAGAGGGCUUGGAGAACCAAGAUGUCAGUGUGGUGGUUCUGCUUUCCUUCAGGGAGCUGAACUUGAUCAGAGAUCAGCAGCACAGUCUUCUCACGCUGCUCCAUGUUUUCCAUCCAACCCUCCAGAAGCUCCCAGCAGAGAAGCUGGCUGUCUGGAAGCUUCUCUUCAUCUUUGACGGCCUGGAUGAAAGCAGACUUUCUUUGGACUUCAGCAACAAUCCGCUUGUUUCUGACGUCACACAGAAGUCACCAGUCAACGUUCUGCUGAUGAACCUCAUUAAGGGGAACCUGCUUCCCUUAGCUCUCGUCUGGAUAACUUCCCGACCUGCGGCGGCCAAUCGGAUCCCUUCUUCCUGUGUUUCCAGGGUAACAGAAGUACGAGGCUUCACUGACACCCAGAAGGAGGAGUACUUCAGGAGGAGGUUCAGUGAUGAAGAGGAGAAGGACAGCAGGAUCAUCUCCCACAUCAAGACCUCCAAGAGUCUCUUCAUCAUGUGUGGGAUCCCAGUGUUCUGCUGGAUCACUGCUACCGUUCUGGAGAACCUGUUGACCACAGAGCAGAGAGGAGAGCUGCCCAAGACCAUGACUGACAUGUACUCACACUUCCUGCUGGUCCAGACCAGGAGGAAGAAGAACAAGUACCAUGAAGGACAUGAGGCGAGUCCACAGGAGCUGAUGGAGGCUGACAGGGAAGUUCUCCUGAAGCUGGGGAGGCUGGCCUUGGAACAUCUGGAGAAAGGAAACAUCAUGUUCUACCAAGAAGACCUGGAGCAGUGUGGUCUGGAUGUCACAGAGGCCUCGGUGUUCUCAGGAGUUUGUACAGAGAUCUUCAAAAGAGAGAGCAUGAUCUUCCAGAAACCAGUCUACUGCUUUGUUCAUCUGAGCGUCCAGGAGUUUCUGGCUGCAGUCUACAUGCUCCACUGCUUCACCAGCAGGAACACAGAGGUGGUGGAGAACUUCCUGGGAGGAAAAUACAGAGAAACAUCUCUGGAGGACUUCUUGAAGAAAGUCAUGGAGAAAUCCCUCUGGAGUCCAAAUGGCCACCUGGACCUGUUUGCUCGCUUCCUCCAUGGCCUAUCUGUAGAGUCCAACCAGAGCCUCUUAGGAGGCCUGCUGGGUCAGAUGGAGAAAAGUCCAGGAACCAUCCAGGGAGUCAUCAACAAUUUGAAGAAGAUGAACACUUAUAGAGUCUCUCCUGAUAGAAGCAUCAACAUCUUCCAGUGUCUGAUGGAGAUGAAGGACCUCUCAGUUUAUCAGGAGAUCCAAAAGUUCCUGAAAUCAGAGAACAGAUCACAGAAGAAGCUCUCAGAGAUCCAGUGCUCAGCUCUGGCCUACAUGCUGCAGAUGUCAGAGGUUCUGGAUAAGUUAGACCUGGAGAAGUACAACACAUCGGAUGGAGGACGGCUUCGACUGGUUCCAGCUGUGAGGAACUGCAGAAAGGCUCGAUUGAGGGACUGCAGAUUGUCAGAGAUCAGCUGGGCUUCUCUGGGCUCAGCUCUGAAGUCCAAUCCAUCCCAUCUGACAAAACUGGUCCUGAGUGGAACCAACCUGGACCCUGGAAUAAAGGAGCUCAGUGGGUUUCUCCAGUCUCCCCUCUGCAAACUACAGACAUUGAGACUGGCGUUCUGCAGUCUCUCAGAGAUCAGCUGGGCUUCUCUGGGCUCAGCUCUGAAGUCUAAUCCAUCCCAUCUGACAGAACUGGACCUGAUAGGAACCAACCUGGACCCUGGAAUGAAGGAGCUCAGUGGGUUUCUCCAGUCUCCCCUCUGCAAACUACAGAUACUGAGGGACCUCGAUGCCAAAAGUCCUCACUCCCUUAAGCGUCUACACGGGGUAUUGAGGCUGGAAGACUGCUUCCUCCAGGUGGUGCCUAACCCUUCUGACGAUCGCUGUCCUCAGAAAAAAUCAGUCGUAGGAGAAUCCUGUUUGUGA